UCCCGGAGCACUGCCGGGCCCCUGUGCUCGGCGACUCGACGCUGCCGAGAGCCCCGAGGCGUGCGUGACUCUGGUCUGCGGCCGCGAAGGGUGCGUGGCCCCGCAGCCGAGGCGCGGAAGGGGGACGCCCCGGCCUCGGGGGCCAGUGCACUGGUGCCCUCUUCGUUGUGAACGCCAGCAGCCCGGGAGGGCCCCGCGACUGGCGCGAUGAGUGCCAACGAGGACCAGGAGAUGGAACUAGAAGCUUUACGUUCUAUUUAUGAAGGAGAUGAAAGUUUCCGGGAAUUAAGUCCAGUUUCAUUUCAAUACAGGAUAGGUGAAAAUGGCGAUCCCAAAGCUUUCUUAAUAGAGAUUUCCUGGACAGAAACCUAUCCCCAAACACCUCCAAUUAUAUCUAUGAAUGCUUUUUUUAACAACACCAUAUCAUCAGCUGUAAAGCAGAGUAUAUUAGCCAAGUUACAGGAAGCAGUAGAAGUUAAUCUUGGCACUGCCAUGACUUAUACAUUGUUUGAAUAUGCCAAGGACAAUAAAGAGCAGUUCAUGGAGAACCAUCAUCCCAUCAAUUCUGCAACAUCCAUAAGCAAUAUCAUCUCAGUUGAAACUCCUAAUACAGCCCCAUCAAGUAAGAAAAAAGAUAAAAAAGAACAACUUUCAAAGGCCCAGAAACGUAAGCUGGCAGAUAAAACAGACCACAAAGGGGAACUCCCUCGGGGCUGGAACUGGGUUGAUGUCGUGAAGCAUUUAAGCAAAACUGGCUCUAAAGAUGAUGAAUAACAACUUGGGAUUUGAGAAGCAAAAACAUCGUUUAGACAGAAAACUGGGUUGAAAAUCUUUCAUUACUAUUUUCUGGUAUUGAGGUGGCUUUUUAUAAAGCACAGGUUUUUUUAAGUUUCUUACAUAAAAAAUGUUCUAAGUGGAAAGUUCAUGAAGAGAUCUGGUUGUAUUGUUUUCACAAACUUGCCUUAAUAAAAGGUGAAAAUGUUAAUUGUUAGUAUACUUUAUGAACUGUGUUGAGCUUUAUAACUGGUCAAUAGGGAAUAAUAAUCGUUAAUUUAUAUGAU